AUGACGGAAUAUUCCAUCAAAGUUGACGGAAUAUUCCUAACGGAGAUUAAUGGCGUCAGGUUAAAGUUAAUGAAAUAUUCUGGUGAGGACUAUCCGGAGGACGAGGGCAGCGACCCGAGGCUCGGGGUUUACGACCCUUCUACGUAUCAAACUAUGCCGCCUCGUAAAGAACCACGUAGCUCAGCAGAGCCUAGUUUUCCCGAUAUAGCUCAGUUGGGUGGGGGAAGCUAUAGCUUAUGCGAUUCAGUCUUCGCUUCGCCCUCAUCGGAAGACUCAUAUGGAGAUCAUAAAAGGUUUGUUCCCCCUGAGUAUAUUGAUCGUAAGAAGCAAGAAUUUACCGAUUUGAAGCAGGGGAAGUUGACGACAAAUGAGUACUACAGAAGAUUCACUGAUUUGUCUAGUUAUCAUCUGGAAGUUGCUGCUAAUCCGGUUGAGAUGCUUCAUCGUUUCAGAUUGGGUGCUAAGAAAAAGUGGCGUUCUAUGGCGACCACUACUCCUUGCGAAACUUAUCAGGAGUUCUAUGAAAUUUUGUGGAGGAUUGAGGAUUCUAAGAAUAUGCCUAGUGAAACGGAGGUUUUAGUGCCACCGGUCAAGGUAGAGGUGGUAUAUUUUCUAGGGGUUCUAGAAGCCAGAGACAGUGGGAUGCUAGUAAAGGAAGAGCUCCGUUUUGUGGGAGAUGUAACAGCCGACACUUUGGCGAGUGUAGACAGGGCAGUUGAGGAUGGAGAUGUUGCCCCUUAUUCGGCAGCGCUGUACCAGUAUCCUCAGGAUCCGUAUUAUCCAAGUGGCUACCAUAGCGGACAUCUGCAUUACCCUGGAGGGUAUACCCCAUAUCCAGCUGACGGAUCGCAGUGCCGUGUGGAGGAUAUUAGAGUGGUCAGGCAUUUUCCCAAUGUGUUUCCGGAUGAUUUACCGGGAUUGCCGACGGAUUGUGAUGUAGAGUUCGCUAUUGACUUAUUGCCAGUACUUCGCCUUGGGGAGCUCCAGUCUUGUUCGUGCGAAAGAAGGAUGCUACGAGGAGCUUGCGUGUUUUCGAAGAUUGAUUUAAGGUCGGGCUACUAUCAAUUGAAGAUUAAGAGCGAUGAUGUCCCUAAGAUGGCGUUUAGAACCUGUUAUGGUAAUUAUGAGUUUUUAGUGAUGUCGUUCGGGUUAACUAACGCAACUGCUGUUUUUAUGGAUUUGAUGAACUGGGUAUUUAACCAGUACUUGGACAAGUUUGUCAUUGUUUUUAUCGAUGACAUUUUGAUUUAUUCCAAAUCCAAAGCAGAUCAUGUGAGACAUUUUACUUUAGUGUUGAAGAAACUGAGGGAGCAUCGGUUAUACUCUAAAUUUAGUAAAUGUCAGUUUUGGUUAGAUCAAGUAGCAUUCUUGGGACAUGUUAUCUCAGUUCAGGGUAUUCAGGUAGAUUACCAGAAAAUAGCAGUGGUAGAAAAUUGGAAGCACCCACAAACCGUCUCUGAGGUACGGAGUUUCCUUGGUCUGGCAGGCUAUUAUAGACGGUUUGUUCAGGAUGUUUCCGUUAUUAUGUUACCACUUAUGAGGCUAAUUAGGAAGAACGUUAGAUUCGAGUGGGACAAUAGUUGCGAACAGAGUUUUCAACAAUUGAAGUACUGUCUCACUCAUGCACCGAUGUUAGCACUUCCAGAUGAUAAUGGUAACUUUAAGAUCUAUAGUGAUGCGUUGUUAAAUGGUUUUGGCUGCGUACUAAUGCAACACAGUAGGGUUAUUGCUUAUGCUUCGAGACAAUUGAAGCCUCAUGAGGUAAACUAUCCUACUCACGAUCUUGAGUUGGCGGCGAUCGUGUUUGCACUGAAGAUUUGGAGACAUUAUCGUUAUGGUGAGAGAUGUAAGAUCCUCACAGAUCACAAGAGUCUUCAGUACCUGUUUACUCAGCGAGAUUUGAACCUUCGCCAGCGGAGGUGGAUAAAGCUGUUAAGUCAUUUAAUCACGACUGCACAAUCGAGUAUUAACCGGGACGUGUAA